UUUCAGCACUGCUUUCCUGAAACUCUUAAGUAGGUUUGAACUCGGGAGGGCAUAAAGUGGUAUCUAUUAAAAUAUUUAGUUUAAGAUGUAGCAGACAGGAAAGAGAACUCAUGCUUUAUGAAUUAACUUCCCUAACCCAAGGGAGGACAGGUUGUUAAAUGGCAUGAUGGUGACGUAUGCAUAAUAUUCUUGAGCUCCUUGUUUUUUUAAAAAAACACCUCAGAAUGUUUAACAUGAUGUGUUUCUGUGGCAUUGUUUAUGGAACCUCAGUGGCUGAAACCAGCUGCUAAAGGACCGUUCUCUCCCAGCAGAGAGAAUAGGAAGGUGGAUUGAGGACACUAGGCAAUUACCAUUGUCACAGAAAAUGUCAUGGGAUCUAAGGAAAUCAGACAGCAGCGUUUUAAAAGCUUUAGCUCACAACCAACAAGCAUUCAAUUUGAUAAUGGAGCUUGAGGAGCUGGGGUGACCCUGCUGAGAUGCCAUUUCAGUUUUUCCAGAUCACCCACCAGACCUAGAAUAGUCUGCAUUGUAGUGGUGAGUUUGUAGCAGGAGUUCUUGCUAACACUUGUAGCAAAAGCCCAGCUAAGACUGAUUCAAAUGUACAUGUACAUCAUUCUGCAUGCCAUUUUCAUCUGUGGAGAAUGUAUGGACGGAGUAUAUCCCUCAUGGAGUUGCAGUUACUUUUCCUAUCCUAUGGCUCAGGAUCAUGCCCAAGAAAGGAGGGAGACGGGCUGGAACUCAGAAAGAACAACAUGUACCAUGCAAACAAGCAAAAACAGAUACAUGUCGUCCUUUACUAAUGAAACAUGAUCACCCAGAGAAUGUAUUUGAGAGCUUGAUCUUUCCUAUCAAACAAGAUGAAUUUUGGAGAGAAUACUGGGAGAAGAAACCACUGCUCCUUCAGAGGAAUGACCCCUCUGUGGCGUCAUAUUAUCGGUCUCUGUUUCAGUUGAGUGACCUGAAAGCCUUGGUCAACCAGGGUUUAUAUUAUGGAAGGGACGUUAAUGUCUGCAGAUGUGUGAAUGGGAAAAAAAAGAUUUUUAACAAAGAUGGCAAAGUCAGCUAUGUGGAACUGAAGAAAGACUUUGAUCAGAAAAAGGCUACAAUACAGUUUCAUCAGCCACAGAGAUUUAAGGAUGAGCUCUGGAGAAUCCAGGAGAAGUUGGAGUGCUACUUUGGCUCCUUGGUUGGAUCAAAUAUUUACAUUACUCCUCCGGGCUCCCAAGGCUUGCCGCCACACUAUGAUGAUGUUGAGGUCUUUAUCCUACAGCUGGAAGGAGAGAAGCACUGGCAGCUCUACCAACCUACUGUACAUCUGGCUCAAGAAUACAAUGCUGAACCUGAAGACAGAAUCGGGACUGCAACAUAUGACUUCUUAUUAAAGCCAGGAGAUUUUCUAUAUUUCCCAAGAGGAACCAUUCAUCAAGCUGACACACCUCCUGGGGUAUCUCAUUCUACCCAUGUGACCAUCAGCACUUGCCAGAACAACUCUUGGAGAGAUUUCUUGUUGGAUGUGUUUCCCGGACUUGUUUUGGAUACAGCAAAAGAUGAUGUUGAGUUUCGGAAGAGUAUACCAAGGCAGUUACUGAUGAAGGUAGAUUUGUCUGAUUCAUCCAAACAAUUAAGUGGCUUCCUGAGAUGCCUUGCAGACCGUCUGGAAAAUGGCAGAGAACUGAAAUCAUCUGACAUGAAAAAAGAUUUUAUUAUGAACAGAUUGCCUCCCUUCUCAGGAACUAGCUUGGACUCUUUGCCUCCAGGUGGAACACUACCAAAAGUAAACAGCAUAAUCAGGUUACAGUUUAAAGACUACAUAGUAAUUACAGUGGAACCAGAAGACAACCCCUUGGAUGAUACGCACAAAGAAAUGGUUUAUGUUUAUCACUCUUUAAAGAACAAAAGGCAAGCCCACAUGAUGGGGGAUGAAGACGUGAGUGAGGAAGGAAUUCCAGAGACUCGGGGAUUACGAUUUCCUGUCUCUCAUAUGGAUGCGCUGAAGCAAAUUUGGAAUUGUGAUACUAUCUGCGUCAAGGAACUGAAUCUUGUAUCAGAUGCAGAGAAAGAGAACUUGGUAUUAUCAUUGUGGAGUGAAUGGCUAAUUGAAGUCAUCUAAAGGCAUAAUCCAGCCAAAGCUGAAGCAUUCUUAGAUUUCAGUGGGAGAGUUAAAGAAGAAUAUAUUUACAUCUCUCUAUUGACAUAAAAGGGACAAUACAUGCUCCAGCCAAAAUUAAGCACUUAUGUUAGUCAUUGUGUUGGAAGGCUGAAAUAACCUCUUAGAUAGUCAAAGGCUCUUCUUACAUAUACUUCUUGUACAUGUAGAAAAAACAUGAAAGAUAUUUGAUUGUAUGUUCCAAAAUGCCAGAUAGUCUCAGGGUUUAUUUUAUGAACUGAACAAUAAUCAUGUCUAAAAAAUGAGGAUGACACUGCUUGAUUAAGAGCAUACACCAAGUUGUAAAACCUCUGCAUGGGCCUUAUGUAAGUGAAAAAGACAGUUAGACCAUGGAAAUGGAGUUGUAUGCCCUAUUUUGUAAGGUAUGAAGCUAGACUAGAUUAAAGUUAUAGACCCCACAUUCCUAUAUUCUCAUACAUUUUAUUUUCUUUCUGCUUGGUAAAAUGUGCAUUUAAUUACUUUAGGAAUUGUAUAAAACUCACUUUUUUGAAUAAAGCUCUGCCCUCUCCCCUCUGCCAUA